AUGGAAUGCGAUAUAUUCGAUUUGGUCGAUGAAUUUGACGAUGAACGAAGAAAAAAUGCUGAAGAUAGAAAAUUUCUUUUUCGUCGAGAAUUACGUUCGAUGGUUUAUGGAUUUGGUGAUGAUAAGAUGCCUUAUGAUAAAACACUGGAAUUAAUCGAACAGAUUGUUGUGAAUUAUAUAUGUGAAAUGUGUCAACGAGCUUUACAAGUGGGCAAACCCGGCAAAUUAUCACUUGAAGAUAUUCAUUAUCUCAUACGAAGAGAUGCGAAAAAAUUUGGACGAGUCAAGGAUUUAUUAUCGAUGAGUGAAGAAUUAAAAAAAGCAAGGAAACAAUUUGAUGAAGCCAAAGCUAUAUGA